AUCCCCAACUGCGUAAUUUGCUUUCCUGCAAACUCUGCUCCUUUAUGUACGUAGAGAGGAGGCCAAAGGAACCAAGCCCCUCCUAUGCCGUGAGUGAGCAAACCCGGAGAAACCAGCUCUUCCCCUUCCUGCUCCCUCUUGGGGUGUUGCCUCUCGCCCGUCGUCUUUGUUAUUGGAUGGCUCCUCCCAAGAACUGCAAAAAGCCAACGGUAUUUUUUUUUUAAAAAAAGACUUGGCCAUAACGCGAGGCCUUUAGAUUUAUUCGUUUUUUUUACGUUUGGGCUCUUGCGUGGAUCGUGUUUUGGCUCCCUUCCUGCUUAUUCAUCUCCCUUUUGUUGUUUAGCCUUCCUGACUAAAAAUUCUUAAGACUGCACAAUGCUCCGCUUUUGGGGGGGCUUUGUGUUCCCGGAGGCUGCCUGUGAAGCGCCCGAAAGUAAGUCGAGGUACGAAAACCUCUUCAAGACACUAGAUCGCAACCAGGAUGGUCGAGUAGACAUUGCUGAGCUACAAAGUGGCCUUAAGGAGUUGGGCAUCCCUCUGGGAGACGACGCGGAGAAGAAAAUUUUCAGGGCUGGCGACACUAAUCAGGAUGGAAGACUGGACUUUGAAGAAUUUACACGUUAUCUUAAAGACCAUGAGAAGAAAAUGAAACUUGCAUUUAAAAGUCUGGACAAAAAUAAUGAUGGUGUAAUUGAAGCCUCAGAGAUCGUUCAGUCCCUGAAGAUAUUGGGCAUAGAUAUUUCUGAAAAGCAGGCAGGCAAGAUUCUGAAAAGCAUGGACGCUGAUGGGACAAUGUCAGUGGACUGGAAUGAAUGGCGGGAUCAUUUUCUCUUUAACCCUGCUACAGACAUUCAAGGAAUCGUCCGUUAUUGGAAACAUUCCACAGUAUUAGAUAUUGGAGAUAGUUUAACUAUUCCUGAUGAAUUCACGGAAGAAGAGAAGAAGACCGGCCAGUGGUGGAAACAGCUUUUGUCAGGUGGAGUUGCUGGUGCUGUGUCUCGGACAGGCACAGCACCCCUGGAUCGUCUCAAAGUUAUGAUGCAGGUUCAUGGUUCAAAGGGGAAAAUGAACAUAGCUGGCGGCUUGAAACAAAUGGUGAAAGAAGGAGGAGUUCGUUCCCUUUGGAGGGGAAAUGGUGUGAAUGUGGUCAAAAUCGCUCCCGAAACAGCUAUCAAAUUCUGGGCCUAUGAAAGGUAUAAGAAAAUGUUUGUUAAUGAAGAAGGAAAAAUAGGAACUAUUGAACGAUUUAUAUCUGGUUCUAUGGCUGGAGCAACCGCACAAACAUCUAUUUAUCCCAUGGAGGUAUUAAAAACAAGACUGGCAGUUGGUAAAACAGGACAAUAUUCUGGGAUGUUUGACUGUGCUAAGAAGAUUUUAAAAACAGAAGGGGUGAAAGCCUUUUACAAAGGUUAUAUUCCUAAUAUUUUGGGAAUAAUUCCAUAUGCUGGCAUCGAUCUGGCUAUUUAUGAGGCAUUGAAGAAGAUGUGGUUAGAAAAAUAUGCCACAGAUUCUGCCAACCCUGGUAUAUUAGUAUUGCUUGGAUGUGGUACUUUAUCCAGUACUUGUGGCCAGUUAGCCAGUUAUCCACUUGCCCUUAUCCGAACUCGAAUGCAAGCUCAAGCAAUGGUAGAAAGUGGCCCUCAGCUAAACAUGGUUGGCCUUUUCCAAAAAAUUAUUGCCAAAGAAGGAUUCCUUGGACUAUACAGAGGCAUAGCCCCAAACUUCAUGAAGGUCCUUCCUGCUGUGAGCAUCAGUUACGUGGUAUAUGAAAAGAUGAAGGAAAACUUGGGAAUAGCUUAAAAGAAAGACAUGAGAAGCUCUCAAAGAAUAUUAACCCAGAUGAAAUCCUCUUGGAGGCUAAAUUCAUGUUUACAGUUAGCUACAGUUCUCUAUGCAAAAAUUCUGCAAGCCUUAACUUUAUAAAGCCUGGAUGGAAUGAAAAAGAAUGUAUUUUCUGAAAACAGCUAGGUAAUGAGAAAAUUGUCAAGAAAUAUUUCAUUGCUCAUGUAGCUGCUUUUUGGAAAAGUUUGAGGAUGUCAUAAUUAUUUCCCCAACUUAUAUAUUAUUGGGUUAAAGCUAUACAAGCAGUCUGUUAAUGACAAUUUGCGUUUGAUUGUCUAGUGGGCAAUUUUAUUUUACAGGCAUUUUUUGCAAUAUGAUAAUAAUUCUACCUUUUUGUUAAGCUGCUUUUAUAAACAAAAAAAAUCCCUCAGAAAAAUGAUUCAGAAAGUCAUAAAAGGUUGCACUGAAAUUCUUGAUACAUUUAUUUGUUCAAUUCCUCUUAUAACAAAUGAACAGAAAGAGCUUGAAAUGAAAUGAAUAUAUUUGCACAUUUAUUAGUCAUUUAUAUAGAACAUGCCUAGGUGGGAUCUCGUUUUCCAAACAGUAAUCUUAGAAAAUUGAUGAGGAUAGGAACCAAUCCAGACACAUGUGGAACUGACAUAUUAAUCAAAGUGAAAGUUAUUGCUAUUUACAAAAGAUUAAUAAUUGAUAUUGUUUGUGUGCUUAUUCAACAUCCUAUUCCUAAUUUAUAUGAAUGGAAGUAAUCAAAAGCAUAUUUUAACGAAGUGUUCAUAUCCUUCAAACAUUAAUCUAAUUUGUUAAAGUUUCUUAAAUUUCUUUUCUUUUUUGCAUCCUUCCAUCUUCCACAGUUGCUUAUCAAAUUGCAUGUUUUUCAAUGCUAAUGAGUUCCUUAGCUGGGCUUGCUUUCUCUUCCAAGAGAAAAAAAUCUUGUGUUUUCUUUUACUACCCAAAGGAAGGGGAAAAAAAAACAUUCUUACAUUUUCCUUCUCACUUAAAUUCCUUUCUCUCACUGACACCUGAACCAUGGUUUCCUCUCUGCAGUGAUACUUAAUCCAGAUCUCAAUCUUAACCCAGGUCUGUUGCAUGGUUUUCUUUUCUAACUCUGAUUUGAUUCCCUUUCAGACAGCCUCUCCUCCCAGAUGCUUCUCUCGCAGUUCUCAAUUCAUGGAAGAUGUUCCCUCCAUAGUUCUCCUCUACUUUGGAGCUUUGGAUCCCCUAGGCACCCACUGUUCCUUUUGGGCCCUCUGCUGGUUCACUCUCCUUUUUCACUGUCAGCAUAUCCAGACCGUAAAAGAACUAGCUAUCCCAUGACUUAUUUUCUCUAGGUUUGCCUUGUCUGCAAACAAUAGAUGUGUGAGAUUGCAGGUGCUUCAACAGGCUGUGGAUUUUUGUCAUUGCCAGUGUGCUUUAAGCCACCAUACAUCCGAUUGUCAGGCCACAAAAUAAAAAUACCCUUUUAACCUUAACAUUUGCAACAUUGAGAAGAAUGGCAGGUGUUUUUGUAUCAUGGCAAGCUCAUUCUUGCACACUUGGCUAAGUCCUGCUUGAAGCAGCUGGAAGUUUCACUUGCUGUUUAGGGACUUAACUAAUUUGACUGACUUUGGCAGGAAAUGUUCUGGGCAGAUUGCACCAGUCAUUCAUAAAUGUCAAUUACAAUCACAUCAAAUCUUAAAUGCCUCCAUGGGUUGCUUUCCAGGUAAUAUGUUGAUAUAACAAAUUAAAGCUGUUCUUGUGAUUGCUUAGUAAAGAUAAGAGACUGUUAGGAAAACCUUAUUGCAUCAUUCACAUAACAGCUGAGGACAUUUUCAAAGUCCUGCUUUAAGUUUAAACUGAUCAUUUGUUUUAUAUGCUCUCUCUCUCUCUCUCUCUCUCUCUGUGUGUGUGUGUGUUUGGCAGACCAGAGCUGAUUUCCUUGAGGGAGAGCUGUAUUUUUUUAAUAGCAUUAGAGAGAUUGUUGAUAGUUAGAAAGAUCCACAAAUCUUCUUAGCUCCCCAAAUCAAGAUAGAUAUCAAUAUACUGAAAUGUUCAGUUUAUUUUUAUCAAGCAACCAUAUCAAAUUAUAUCAUAAUAACAUAAUAAAAUAUAAUAAACUGAAAUUAUAUGAACUAAAUAGUAAAGAAUAUUGCCUUCAAGUUAUUACAUUUAGCAAAAUGAUUGUAAGUAACUGGAAAUCAAACCACAAGGUAAUGAUAGGCAACCAAAAAUUGUAUUGAAAAAUCAUGGCCAGCCUAUAUUAAUCCACUUCUUGAGUAUAUUUUAAUUAUCUUUGAAAUGAAAGGAAGGAAUUGCUUGUGUGUUAAAUCAUUGUUUGCUUAUUGCAAUAAAGUAGGCUCACUUUAAUUAUAGAUGUAACCGCAUCAUAAAAGCAGAUUGUUUUCUUGGCAUUGCUUGUUUCUUUGAAACCUGGCUGUUCCUUUCAACUGAUUAAAAUUUUCUUCAAGAAUGGCUCAGAGAAGUGCUUGUGUAAAUGAUGGUUGUUCUUUGGAGUUUCUUAUGCUACUAUCUGGAAAUCUUAUUACCUAGCUGUCUUGAAUAGAACUCUUAAAUAUGCAGAACAAUCAUUGGGCAAUAGAACUUUUAUGCUGUGAAACAUGGAUAUUGCUAUUAUAAAAAGAGGUAUGUGAUCAUGUCAACAGAUCUGUAGUAGCUAUUGGGUACAGAUGGAUGAUGAUUUGCUAUACAUGGCCAUAACUUUUUUUGGGAGAAUGUAAUGUAAAAUGUUCAAACAAUUCACUUUACAAAAGAGUAAAAUCAUAAUAUUUGUUUCCAGUGCCUUCAGCAAAUACUCCCUUAAUAAUCCUUUUAAAACCAUCAUGGUUUUAAAAUAAGGCAUGGCCACCUCAUAAUCCUCUAUUAAUGUUGUGAUGCUAAGAUAUAUGGCACUGGUGCCUAUUGCAUCAUGUUCAACACUCUUGAAUGACAGCUUUUUCACACUGCCUCUUGUCAUAUAGAAAACCACACUUGAUCAAAGCCAAAGAGUUGUUCCAAAACAUGCAGUAUAUAAAAGCAUCAUAUAUAUAUAUAUAUAUGCAAAUGUUCAUAUAUAUAUAUAUAUAUAUAUAUAUAUGCAAUUUUUUUAAUGUAGCUUUCUUACAUGGUUCAGAAAAAUGUAUAUUUGAAAAAUAAAGUUGAAAAAUGACAUAAAUAGUACAUGAACUAGAUUAAUUCUGUUUUCUUGUAUAAGUGCUCUUAUUAGAGUAUUGAUUUGGGUGAUUUUGUUGUUAAUUCUUGGGGGAUGAUGUAAGCUUCAGUAAGAUUCCUUUUAUCUUGUCCCUGAACAUGGUUAGGUUGUAAUUAUUGUAUGUUUCCUCUGUUCCUUGGUGAAAGUGAUGCUGAUACUUUGAAAACUGUUUAUAAUAAAUGGGUUUUAUAGCA